AUGUACCAGAAGAAGAAUAUUGACAUGUUCUACAUAAUCAACAUAUUCCUGAGCAUCAGCAGCACAGCAGCAGCGGCCACUAUGAGUGUGGUGGAGCCCAUCAACUACUACCAGUACACGCAAUUUCAGGCUCCCUUGUCCUGGGAGACAAUCAGCAGUCGUGGUGUCGAACAGGCAUUGGAGAGCUGUCAGCAGAAUUUCAAGUGGCAGCGCUGGAACUGUCCCAGCUCAGACUUUCUGCAGCGUCGAAACAAACCCAACAUUGUCGCCAUGGAUCGUGAAGAUAUGUAUGUGGCUGCCAUAUCCAUGGCUGCUAUUCUGCAUACGCUAACCCGAGAUUGUGCGAAUGGUGUGAUCGCUGGCUGCGGCUGCACGGACAAUGCGCUGAACAUACCCUGUUCCCACGAGCCUGCCAAGGCGUUGGCCAUGUACGAGAAGCAGUUUGGCGGUAGCGGUGCGGAGCCACGCAGCGCUGCGGCACAUAACCAGCGAGUGGUGGGCACCUUGCUCCGAAGAUCGCUCGAGCAGGAGUGUCGCUGCAAGCAACUGGGUCCACAAGGUCAGUGCCUGGAGGAGCAAUGUGUGGAUGUGCUGAAGCCCUUCGAUGCAGUCGCCCAGGAACUGCUGCAAAUGUACGACGACGCCAUCCAGCUGGACACCACGGCCACCAAUUUAAAGAUCAUGUGGCAGAACAUUCCGCUAGACACGCUUGUCUACAUGCAGGACUCGCCCAACUACUGCGAGCCUGAGUCCAGUGGUCGCUGGAGCGGCACACGGGGUCGCCACUGUUCACGCACAGGCGGUGCAGCCGACGAGCGCCUCAGCUGCACCCAACUGUGCCGAGUCUGCGGCUAUCGCGUCAGAGCCCAGCACGUGCGCAACGAGAGGCGGUGCAACUGCAAGCUCGCCUGGGGCUUCCGGCUGCAGUGCGAUGUCUGUGUCCAGCUGGAACGCCAGUAUUCCUGUUACUAG